UGGUUUCAUCAUCGAUCUUUAUUAAGUCUUCUCUAGCACAAAUUAACACAGAAUAAGUAAAUAUGAGAUCCAUCAAGUUUGUCUUGGUCAAGCUCGUUAUCUUUCAAUGUAUAACGUUAUUAGUACAUGCUAAGGACUUAGAUUUCUACCGCCUUACCCUACAGUGGAAUCCAGCAGCAUGCUACAAUAGGAUUAUAGGUAAAUGCUGUAACACAACCACGGGAAGACCAGCAGAAGAUUUUGGUAUUGCUGGACUAUGGCCAUCUUACAACAAUCUCACAUAUCCAGAAAACUGUAAUAAGGCAGGCCCUUAUGAUGAAACGCAAAUCUCGGACUUGCUGAGUAGUAUGCAAAAGAAUUGGCCCAAAAUAUCUUGUCCAUCAAACAAUGGAACUAGUCUGUGGGCUAAGGAAUGGAAGGAACGUGGUACUUGUUCUAGGCUCAACAUGCAUUCUUAUUUCGAAACAGCUCUUGAUCUUAAGGAAAAGCUGAACCUGAUUCAAGAUGUUAAGCGUUACGGACUCGAACCAAAUGGACAAUUUUACCACUGGCGUCACAUCAAUGCAGCCAUAAAAUUAGCUAUUGGACAUGUGAUCGCUAUAGAAUGCAAUCUUGGUUUAACUGCGGACAGCCAGUUUUACAGGGUUCACAUAUGUGUUGAUAAAUCUGGUUCGGACUUCAUUGACUGCCCAAUUAACCUCACCGAAAUCUCUGAGACAACAUGUUCUUCAUCUACUAAAUGGUCUGGCUACGAUACAGAUAGUGUCCUUGAAGAGCGAUCUGCCUAUUCUUGGGCAAGGAAAUAAAUCUGUGCAAAAGUAUGACCACUUUUAUCAUGAAACAAGGAAACUUCUUUGUACUUCGUUCAUGCUUUUAAAGUGAUGUUUGCAAGUUCAACGUUUAAGUCAAGUCGGUGUUCUCUUGCAAUAAAGAUUCUUUAGAUGGUACACAUCAAAAGAACUGUGUCCUUUUUAUCUUCUUCUUUAUUUUCUGACCAUGGUUGUACCCUAUUUACUUCUUUUUGUCAUGGAAAUAAAAUUGCAAGCUUGUUCCUUAAUAAAAAAAAAAAAAAAAAA